UGAUCCCUUUUUGUAUCUCUUUCUGGUCCCUAAAAAAACCAAAACAAAACCUGUCGGCUCCCUAGUCCCCUAUCCUCACGGGGGUCCCCGGGGAGCAAGCGGCACGAGCACUCCUUGUGUCCCGUGUCCUGGCGGACAAAGGCCUGGAUCUCCUAUAAUUAGUUUUGAGUCAAAUACUUCUAAGUGGAUAGGUCUCUCCACCUCCUACUCCAAGCCUUGCUUCCUUUUUUUCUUUGAGGGUCCCCUUCCUCCCCCGUCCAGCCAUCCGUCUGUAUGACCCUUUCCCCGGCUCCUACUUCGCUCUGCCUUUGUAAUUGCUGCUUGGUAACACAUCCUCUUUUCCACUGGAUCCGCUGGGUCUCUAGUACGUAUCUCAGUAUGGAUCCCCUAAGCCUAGACCGGUGCGCGCAAUGUGGGGGGGGGAAUGGAAUUAAGAUUCGCUUAGAUCGAACUGCGCGUCUCUUUUGCCUCCAGGCAGAGCCCCAGUUGAAUUGGACAGAGCCACCCAGCGGGAGGCGAAUUUGGGGUGAAGGUGUAUAAGAUCCAGCCUGGAGGGUUGAGGGGUGCCAACCUUUAUUUCAGGGUCGGUGGGGGAACAGUGAGCUCCCAAGAGAGCCUCGUUUGGUGGUGGAGGAGGGGAACUCCGAACUUCAUUCCAGAGUCCUGUCCCCAGAGCUCUUCAACUCCCUCUCUCCCUAAUAACCUCUCCCUUCAGCGGAGUCCCGCCUCAUUAUACAGCCUUAGGGUCCUUAAAUCAGCCAAUGCUGCCUUGGCCCCUCAUUUCCCACACUCCUAGGUCAGUUUCAUUUCUUCCCCUCCCCCCUUGCGCUCCUCCCCUUUCCGGGAGCCUGGUGCUCCUGGCCUAGCGGAGGGGGAUCCGGGGGCCGAAGGGGGCGGGCCCGGCUCCAACCCCCACCCCACCCAACUCAGGAGCUGCGGGAUAUAAGGUGCAAGGCCGGCUUGGGCUCGGUCCACACCAGGAUCCGGAGGAGCGAUGGUCACUCGGGAUCGAGCGGAGAAUAGGGACGGCCCCAAGAUGCUGAAGCCGCUUGUGGAGAAGCGGCGCCGGGACCGCAUCAACCGCAGCCUGGAAGAGCUGAGGCUCCUGCUGUUGGAGCAGACCCGGGACCAGAACCUCCGCAACCCGAAGCUGGAGAAAGCAGAGAUACUGGAGUUCGCCGUGGGCUACUUGAGGGAGCGGAGCCGGGUGGAGCCCCCGGGGGUUCCCCGGUCCCCAGCCCAGGACGCCGAGGCGCUCGCCAGCUGCUACCUGUCCGGCUUCCGCGAGUGCCUGCUCCGUCUGGCGGCCUUCGCGCACGACGCCAGCCCGGCCGCCCGCGCCCAGCUCUUCUCCGCGCUGCACGUCUACCUGCGCCCCAAGCCGCCCCGACUGGAGCCGGUAGAUCCGAGGCCCCAGGCGCCGCGCCCACCGCUGGACCCCGCCGCCCCGGUGCCCGGCCCCGCGCUGCACCAGCGCCCCCCAGUGCACCAGGGCCCCCUGAGCCCGCGCUGCGCCUGGUCCCCGUCCCCCUGCUCCCCCCGCGCCGGGGAUCCCGGCGCGCCGGCGCCCGUCACCGGACUGCUGCCGCCGCCGCCGCCGCCGCCGCCGCCGCACAGACAAGACGGGGCGCCCAAGGCCCCGCCGCCCCCGCCGCCCGCCUUCUGGAGACCUUGGCCCUGAGCUUUGCGGGGGGGUGGGGGUGGGGGCUGGGGGUGAGGUAGAGACUCCAGCCCGAGGGCAGCAGAGGGACCCGGGCGUCGGGGCGAGCAGGUGUUGGGGAGGGCGGCGGGGCGCGCGGGCGCAGCGCGCGGGUGAGAUGUGGUCUAUAUUAGAGUAUCUAUAUAAAUAUAUAUUUCCCCGGUUUCUGUCCCUUUUCCCUGCCCCCUUUGCGACUAGGAUUGUACCCUCUCUGCCCCCGGCCCAGACCCAGCCCCUUCCCGAGUCCUUAGUGCAUGGAAUAAAGUGGUUAUUCAAUCCC